UAGGCMGGAUGACAGUAUUGYGUCUCGUGWAYGCAGACGUCGUGUCCAMAUUGCGAUCGACACAGGGGCACRUGACAUGYGGYAGGACCCGGUUGCCGUUUCAGAGGACGAGAUGGGAGAUCCUUCCAACGAGACGCAGCGCGACCCGGUUCAUGCAGAGGAGCUAGCCUCGAACACUGAUGCGAUAGUGACGGAGGAGGAUAUAGGGUUCAGGAUCACUCAUCCCCGGUCGCCAGCGCCGGUUGUUGGCACAGAGGAGGAGACGGAGUUCGGAGGACCCGGUCCACUCCGCCAGGCGCAGACUCGGUGCACUCCAGCAGGCGCCCCAGUCYACUCCACAGGAGUGGGUUUGGAGGACGGCGAGGSACAACRUGAGCCGCCUCCUCACACGAGUGACGGCGUUCUAGAGGAGGGAGAGGUUGUACCCACUCCCACUUGUGGAAAGGACGGGGAGGACGAACGUCCUCCGACGGACCACCACGUCGGCCUCGACUGCCCGCCCGACAGUCUUCCACCCACCGACGAGCUAUUCACCAUGGAUUCCGCCUUGGCAUCUCUGCCCAAUAUAUCGCUACUGAUAUCUCCCACUUUGCCGGUUGUGGCACCACCGGAGCCUGCUAGACGAGAUGACGCGCGUCGUGACAGAGGGUUUGACGAGUUCGGCGGCGACACGAUACUGCAUCCUCCAGAGUCCGGCACUCCCGCCAUUUUUCAUGUCGGUGCACYGUGGGCGGUGGAGCAGGGGUUGGCGGAGGAGGUAGCACGGAACCGUCAUGGUGGACCGCACGUCGCAGCUCAACGUAGUCUGGAAGGUUCACUAGAGGCAGCGUCUGGAGAUUUUUUGGCGCAGGGGGGUCAUGGUUCGCAGCUAAUAUCGGACGACGUGUCAUCAGUCCAUCCACCAGAGGAGGGCCCGCAGCAAGAGCCACAUCGAGGGCCAGCGGAGACUUUAGAGGCGAGGCCUCCCGGAGUUAUCGGCUCGGACGGAGGCGAGGGCGUGAGCGAGGAUACAGCGCAGCCAGGGAGCGCAGAUGGUGGACGGUCCUUCAGGGGGGGCAUCGAGCGCAGAGGGUCAUCGACCGCACACCCCAGCAUUGUCAGGCCCAGCACACAUGACGUUGGAGACGGGCACACAGAUGAGCCUCGACCGCAUUUGACGGGGAUGCGUGACAUUAUGUGUCCACCACCCUCACGCCCCUCUGCCGGUGAUCCUGCCGCCCACGGGCAGGCCGCACUGAGCGCAUUGCCUACGAGGGUGGUUAAAUGCCAGGAGACUAAGCUCUUAGGUGAGAGACUCGAGUUCUGGACUCUGGCUAUAACGGAAUUUCGUUUAGAGCGGAGUACGUUUGGCCCAGUAGACGAUGUUCAUUUAUGCUCUAACUAACGGUGCAGAGUGAAUAGACUAUUCAAUAGCGCUUACCAACGCGCGCCCAGGCUCACCUUGGGUUUAGAGUCUUUGCCUUCGAGCUAAAAGUUCAGAUCAAACGAGUCCUUGCCCGAGUGUCAGCAACUAUAGACUCUGCAGGCAGUACACCAUCAGAGCCCAUAAACUAGCAAGAAAUUUUCCACCUUGGCCACUUUCUCGCAUGGGGUACAGACCCCUUUCACCUUUGACGGUUCUAUUUAAACUUUCAAACAACAAGUUCUAGAGUUGGUCAUUUUACUGAACUAUUCCCCAUAGUACCCUAAGGGUUCAAUUUGGGGCAUGACUAAGAAUCAAUGUCCUGAUCGAGU